AAUUUGCUCGACUUUCCUGCUGGUGUCGUUCCUGUGGGGAAAGUCACCGUAAAAGACGACGAAGAUUUGGUUAACGAAUCAACGUAUCCUGUUGGACAUAACGUUGCGUUGCGGAUUAUUCGAGACUCAUCAAUCAAUAGUGUUGGUUUGCCUCUUUCUGUUCAAAUUGUAACUCUUCCAUUUGAAGAGGAAAAAUGCCUUCGCGUCAUGAGGGACGUUCAAGGAGUCUGGAGUGAUGACUAUCUUUCCAAGGAAGGAACUCUGCUGUUUGCAGCUGUGUAUGUGUGCUCAAUCGGAAUGAACCUCAUCAAACACGAAAAGAAACUAGGAGGUGGUGACAUAGGCGGCCAAUUCCCAUUCCACUUAUCUCGCGCCAUCAUAUACGGCGGUUCAAUCAUUGUAGAAGAUGAAAGAGGGUCAGCACAUAUUUAUAGUCAUGGUGGCUAUGGUUACUACAUCGAUGAACGGGAAGAUCGCACCAAUGCCGAGCUUUUUCCGAGUGUUUCUACUGAGGGAAGUUCUGUUGAAUCAGCGUCUAUCGAAGCACGGCAGCAAUGGAGUGAAAAGUUGCCUGUUUACGACCGACUGCGACUUAGCCCUGAGGAAACUGUGUAUUUGUCAAUAGACGUCAACGUAUUGGAAGUGUUCGAAAAACAGAAGAUUUUAACACAGAAAGAGCUGUGGUUGCGUAUGAAGGAUUUUGGAGGCACCAGGUUUCUCAAGAGGUACGUAGCGUAUCGUUAUCUACGUCGUAGCGGAUGGCAUUCGGAACUCUUGGAGACUGCUGGAAUUUUGGGAAUUCAAGCUUAUUUUUCACAUGUUGUGAUUCUGAAUUUCUUGAACUAUUUUCCAGUGAUCUAUCGCGGUAGUCCUGGUUCACAUCAUGCUGCAGCUGGUGUUAAGAUAGAGUCUCAUAUGGAACCUUGUAUGUUUGUUGGUUUAAACCGCGUUCUAACUAAUAUGAAAAAGGCGCUCAUAGUAUUAACUGUGGUCGUACCAGAUGAGUUAGACGAAACAAACCCGUUUUGUGCCGAUUCAGUACACAUUUCUAUGUCUACUUCAAUGACAAUGUUCGCUGACCGAAAGAUGAAUGACAUAAAAGCGCGGGAAUCUGCUAAGUUAACGUUCGACAUUCCCAAGGAACAUUGA